UAAGUUCUCUCCUCUCACGCCAUUACUACUGAUUAUCAUCUGUCAUUAUGGAGUAGUAGCAGAGGAACAGGUACAGCCACACUCAAAAUACAACCGUGAGCCCCUGGUGGCAGCUUUUAGCUUGCUGGGACGCCUCAGUGUCAUCUUUUAAGCCGGCCUUCCUAUCACGUACAGCGCUCCUUUGCGCCCAUCAGCCUCAGCCUCUUGUUUUCUUUUCUUUUCAUUCAUCUACUUACUUCUUUUGGUGUACCGUGUCGUGUCGUUCUUCUCUUCUGUUAUUCAUCGAAAACGCCGAGCCCGGUUUGCUUCUUUGAGCUGUUGCCUUGUUCGCGAUACCUGCUGGCAAAAUGGCUGAUCAGCACGGCCCCUAUGUUCGGCUCUGGGGCAUCCGGCCGUCACAGCUUCCCUCAGAGACCGCCUCAGCUCAAGAUCUCACACCGUUGCUCCAAUCAAUAUUGACAGAGGCACUUUCGUUUGUCAGCUCAGUGCCGCCGCACUCAUCCGAGUCAUCGUCAUUAUCAUCAUCAGAGAGAUCCAGCCCCAACAAUGGGAAUAGCACCAAUGGGUCCUGGAAGGCAAAGGGAUGCAGGGCGUUUCACCACUCAGCAGCGCCGGUACACAUGUUUGAGCGUGUCGUCUCAGCCGAAGAACUAAGGACGAUAGCCAAGGACCAGAACCAGAACCUGCCCCAGGCAAGCGGUGGCGGCUCAAAGAUCAAGCCGGAAACAUGGAGUCUCAGGCGCAGCGUUCACGAGGAGGCGAAAAAGGCCGGCACCGCAGACUGGGAGGAAUGGGUGCGGUGCUUCAAGGCGGGCCACGCGGACGCCGAGAUGAAGUUUACGCCGACGGUCAUGAGCCACACGCUGAAGCGGCAGUGGGACUGCGCCGGCGUCGAGGUCACGGUGGGAGGCGACACGUACGAAGACCUGACGCUGAAGCUGGAGGAGUCGGUGCACAAGAUGCCUGCGCCGCUCAACAACCGCGUGUUCCCCGUGCUGCAGGUCACGGCGGCCGUGCGAGGGCGGCGAGAGUUUGUCGUGGUGCAGAUCGCAGCGGUGCCGGAAACUGCCGGCGCGGAGGAGGCCAGGCCGGACGGCGCCCUGAGAGGCACGUACACGGCCAUUGAGCGCUUCAGGGAGAUUGACGGCCAGGGCAACGUGGAAUGGGUCAUGGGGACGGUGUCUGAUGCGCGGGGCGUGCUGCCGGCGUGGAUCCAGAAGAUGGCGGUGCCGGGGCAGAUUGCAAAGGACGUGGACAUGUUUCUGGAGUGGAUUGCGGGCGAGCGAGAGGCCAAGUGAUGGAUUUGUUGGUGUUUGAACAUGAGGAUGAGUAAGUAUAUUGGGUUGGUGUUGAUGUUUUAUGAGACGGGAUGAUGUAGUGGCAGUUGUGGCAUUUAUGCAGAUGCAGAGUUGACCAUGUACUUAUUACGAACACCGUAUUUUGAUAUACACUACAUAAUAACAUAUUAUUUCUGUUGUUUAAA